CACGCAACGGAAGAUAAACCAAAUCCGAUAAUCAUCUAAUCGGUUCUCAGUAUCGUAAAAAGCUCUUUGGCAAUGGAAGCUCUGGGAUUUCCUUCUCUCAACUCCCACACCAUUUCGUGCUCUAGUUUUCAGAAACAAAGAACCACCAAAAUACCAUGUCAAAGAGAACACUUUUCAAGCAUUUCACUUUUAUCUUCGCUAAAACUUAGACCCUGUUACAGACCAUUCCAUUUUCGUAGGAGUGCUACUCGAAUGCAAGCUGACAAUGAAGAUUACGAGUUGAAGCAAAUGAGGGAUGUGGCUGCUGCCAAGAAGAGAUGGGAAGCUCUGGUUAGGGAAGGAAAGGUUAAAGCUUUAACACCUAGGGAAGCUGGGUAUGCAAUUCAGCUAUCUAACAAAACCCUUCUUGAUGUUCGUCCCUCUACAGAACACAAAAAGGCAUGGGUUAAAGGCUCAACCUGGAUUCCAAUAUUUGAUGUUGGUAAAGAAUUCGACGCUGGAACUCUUUCCAGAAAGUUCAUGAGUUUCACGAUGGGGGGUUGGUGGAGUGGUGUGCCUACAUUGUCUUAUAAUAGCCAGUUCUUGUCCAAAGUUGACGAGAAGUUUCCAAAAGAUACAGAUCUUAUUGUUGCAUGUCAGAAGGGAUUGAGAUCUCUAGCUGCUUGUGAGCAGCUAUACAAUGCGGGAUACAGAAACCUUUUCUGGGUUCAAGGGGGUUUGGAGGCUGCUGAAGAAGAGGAUCUUGUCAGAGAAGGCCCUCAGCCAUUUAAGUUUGCUGGAAUUGGUGGGGUUUCAGAAUUCCUUGGUUGGACUGAUCAGCAGAGAGCUGCAGCUGCCAAAGAAGGUUGGAGUUACCGAUUAGUGUUCUCUGCCCGGCUGGUUGGAGUCUUUCUCCUUGCCGAUGCCUUGUUUUUUGGUGCUCAGAAAGUAGCUCAUUAUCUUCAGGAUAUAAGGUCACAAUGAGAUUCAACAGCUGUGCUUGAAGUACUUGAUUGAAUAUCAACAUAAAACAUUUUGCAAUACUGGUUCACCGCAGAGAGAACAGAUUUGCCAAGGAUAACAAUUUUGGAAGCCAGAGUACCUCAGAGAGAAGAUUGCGUCCUCCAAUUUUAACCAUAUAUCCCUCUAUUCUCAUUAUUGUUCCAUGCUUUUCAAUGAAGUUGGAUCUAUGCAUGAUCUACCAUGCAUGUGCUCGCUCCAUGAGAAGUAGAACAAUGAUUAGGCCAGAAAAUUUUGACAAGACAGUUAUGCCUUGUAACAAGUCCUAGUCUGGUACUAGUCUUGUUUUUUAUUUCUCUCCCAUGAAGGUUUUACGGCCUAGCAAUGUAUACCUUCUGUGAGCUCUAUUACUUUUCAAAAUUCAUCUUUUAUCAAUCAAUUUAUAUUGAAAAGAACUUGAAUAAA